AUGAACAUACAAACCGAUAUACCACUCAAAAAUAAGUUUGGAAUUUUUCAACACUGCUUUGAGGAAGACGCAAGCCCCUUACGCCACACGGAAUCCAAUCCAAUUUUUACUCCAGAAACAGAAACCCUCGCAUUUAUCCCAAAACCGGAAAACCCCUACCUAUCUGGUACAUACACCGGAACAUAAACUUUGUAAAAUGUAUGGACUCCUUAGAAAAAACUUAUCUCCAAAAUUAAGAUAAUCUUUUACGAAAUCGAAGAUUUCAAAAAGCUCAAACACAUCUGGCCACACAUCGGCAAACUGCUUUCAACACGAAAUUAACUUCUUUUCAUUUUUAUUUGUCUUUUUACUUGUACAAUAGUUUGUAACAAUCGUUGCAAAUAAACGAUAUUAAAUUAAUCACCUCUAGUGUUCUUAGUUUUACUAUAAAUGGUCAACUACUAACUAACAUAUGGUCAAUUCCUAGUUUUCUCGUUUUUAAGGAUGGUCAACUUUUGACGCAAGUAGUGAAUUCUCAAAAAUGUCAAUAAAAUUUGGACAAUGUAACUAUUUCGAAAAAGUUCACUUUGUCACAUAAUGUAAGAAGUUCAAACAGCAUUUUGUUUAAUAAAGGAACAAGCAUUUACUAUUAUUCACGCAGAGAAUUUUUUUUAACUGAUGAACUAUUAGUGCUUUUACCUUAGUACUUUGACAUUCUAUUGAAUUACGCGCGAAGAGUAACUUUAUUUUGUAGUUUCGUAAGAAAUAUAAUACAACCAUUGAAACUGAAUAUUAUAUUAAUUGUAUCAGUACGUUCAAUCUUAUUCUCGAUUUUCAAAAUUCGAUUAAGAUGAAUGAAAUAAAUUCAUUUAUUCGUAUGAACAUGAUAUUUAGUAAAUAUUGCGUACAACGAAACAAUUCAGGACGAGUAGAUCUCUGAGUCAAAGUAAAAACUUUGUAAUACCUUUUUUGGCAUUAAAAAUAGUUACGUUGACAAAGACAGCAUUAAUCUACCAGAAAAAUUAGAAAUAAAAAUAAUUUUUUAACUAAAAUUUUCAAGAUAUUGUUUCCAUGUUCAUUACUCUCUCUUUCACACGCCCGGGUGCUACUUGAGAGAGUGAGAACAAUAGGCAUGCUGAAAUCGUUAUUAUUUAAAUAUGUGAGCGAUUGACAAUGAUUAGUGCAUCGUGCAUGUUGUAUUUUCCAUUUGUUUCUCUAUGGUUAAAAAAUGGAAAUGCAUCGAAAUUUCAAUCAAUAAAGUAAACGAAAUCAAUAAAGUUCGAAUAAAUGUUCAUUAGAUGAACAUAUUCCAGUUACUGUAUGCAAUGUUUGUAAUAGAUAAUUCAUGGAAUACAUAUGCAUGUAUACUUUUCCUUAUUCCGUUACUCAGUAGAAUAUGAAUAUUAGCACAUUAGAAUAUUUUUAUCCUCCAUUGCAUUUCGAAAUAAAAUGAAUAACAGUAAAAUAUCAAUUUUAAUGAAUCGUUGACACGAAAUAAAAUAUUUUUACAAAGAUCGCUAGGGACAGAGAUACAAUACAUACAUAUUGUUUGUCUUUUCCGAGUGUAACAGCGGCCAAAGGUUUAAAAGUAUACAUGUGCAAAGGGAAACGGUUAUUCGGGGUGCUCAGCCCGGUACUAGUUUGCCGGCUCAGUUUUGACACGCUUUCUUAUUGACUGAGUCGCUCAACAAAGAACGUAAAGAAUACGGAAUGCGAUAAAGUGAGAUGUGCGAACAUGCAACUCUCCAGACUCCACAACAACAAUCGUUCACAAAUGGAGGACGUUAGGCAGCAAGCGUUGCUGAAGAAGGCACCGAAUAUAUCCUGGAAGAACACGUUAGGCACACCGAACGGCGUGCCUAUUGACGAGGACACGAAGGAACUGCUUAAGAAAUGCCUGGAUGUUUCUGCACCGCCGCCCACGACCCUGGAACAGAUCAUCCAACAAAGCGAGGCUUUCCCUAUAAAUUUCCCGAUUCAGACGACUAGGUGCUCCACUUUAAGGGAUAGAGGAAUUGCCACGGAUAUACUCGAGAUGAACGCGAAUUCGGUUUAUCCGCUGAUACACGAGGCGAUGCUGCCGUUGCUCGCACGAUGGCUGAAACACAAACAAUUGUAUGGAAGCGUUAUAGAAAAGGCGUUGUACAAGGAUAUGGGAUUGAUAGAGUUUAUCCACCGUUUACUGGAAAAGCGAGCGGUGCAUUUCUAUGGGCCCAAAGAUCGGUGGAAACUCAUCGAUGGAAAGACUAGCUUCAAUAGAUGGGAAACCAUUGGUACCGAUGACGAGAAGGAACCCUUGGUCCUAACGAAAUGCUUGUCCUACGACGAGGUCAAGUUGUCCGCGAUGAUGACAAUGUCCUCUUAUACCGAGUUCAUAAACGACGGCUCACGAAAGAACAAAGGUGUCGUGAGCACCAAUCCAGACUCCAUUCAGCCGCGAGGAGUCAUUAUAGGUGUCGUGGGAUCAAGAUUUAAACGACAACACGUCAUGGAGUACCAAGACAUUCUUAUUACACCUACACAAAACACUGUGGAUAACGGUUACGGACCUUCCAACUCGAGUAGUUCAGCGGAGCAACGAGGAUUGCGUAUGUUAUGGGCAAAAUUUUACGGUGAAGAUUAUCACCCGCUUUACGACGAAGCCGUGAACCGCGCGAAGGCAAAGGAUAAUAAGAGAUAUCUCUCGUUGCCUAGUCAGACUAUCUUCGAUAUCGAGAACUACAUGAAAAGAACCCUUGUCACCGUGGAGAUUAUUCUACUUGAAGCGAAUACACGCGCCGAAAAACAGAACACGACUGCCUUUAUACAUGUUGUAGGAUUUGGUCUUGGUGUCUGGAGCAUAAUGAAGGACCAAGAGAUAUACUUCUUAAAAACCUUCGAGAUCGCGAUCAAGAAGAUGAACAAGAAGCUGAAAUACGUCUCGGACAUAGUGUUCUCGUAUUUCACCCAACAGAAAUGCGGCGACGUUGGGAACGGCGGCUAUCUCGGAGAUAUAAAGAUACAUUUCGCCCGUAGAGAGCCGCACAUCCGGUUCAGAGGGACGGACGCAGACAAGCUUCUAGUGGUGACGUACGCGUGGGACGGUAACGCGCUGCCAGGGAAUGAAUUCUGGAAAGGAUCGCUUGCGACGAGCGGUGACCCCGCCGCGGCGUGCAGCACCCAAGUGGCUGAGCUACAUACGUCCAGAAUUAAUCCCCGAGCUUGCGGCGCCAGCUUGCACGUGGCCUCGACUGAACAUGGUAUUUUACACAUAUCGGAUUACGCGAAACUCCACCUCGCUUAAGUGAUCGUUUCAUUUUAUUGUCUAUGGAAGAUCGUAAACUGAACGUGCGCCAUUUUUAACCGUUUGGCAUACAAUGAUAUCCAUAAGGAUUUCUAGCUUGGUCUAAUAAAAGUCAUUUUUAAUUUGUUGCGCGUAGGUACACGUGAAACAUUGAUGAUUACAAAAUAAUUGUAAUUUUAUAUGUUAAAAUUUAUGGGUUAUAAUACGUGAGGUUGGACGUGGUUUUACUAAUUUAUAAAAGCUUUAUUAGUUUAUUCUUCUUCUGAACACGUAGUCACGUACACGCACAUACACACGCGCGCGCGCGCGCACACACGUACCAGAUGCAUUAAUAUUUCUUAACACCCCAACCCUCAAUGCAUACUAUGCAUCGAUAACUGAAAACAAAAUAAAAUUUCUUUAUU